AUGAAGUUUGCUGACCAUCUAACCGAGUCUGCCAUCCCAGAAUGGAGGGACAAGUAUAUCGAUUAUAAGGUCGGCAAGAAGAAGCUUCGCCGCUAUAAGGAAAAGCUGGACGCCGAAGAGGAGCGAUCCAGCUCCUACCGGAGCUGGAUGCCCUCCAUGUCGGUAUACCAGACUGCAUAUCAGCAGAGAGAGCCUGGCAACAGGCGCAGCGACGGAGACUACCGCUCCGGACCUGCCUUCAAGAAAGACUACUCUGCUUUGCAGAGAGAGUUCGUCGCUGACUUCAUUGAGGACUGGUUGAUCUCGUUCCAGUUGAGCAAAUGUAACGAGUUCUACCUUUGGCUGCUAAGGGAGUGCGACAAGAAGUUUGAGGUUUUGAAGUCGCAACUGCACUAUUACUCGCUGCAAAAGAACUACGAGCGCGACAACUUGAACCGGUCUAGUUCGAAUGUUGACAUGUCCACAAGUCUGUAUGCAGCAGGCCUUGCUGACCGUUCUGACUCCGGGGUCAAUAGUAUCGACAGCGAUAGCCGGUCUGUUAUGUACGGGUCAAUGCCCUCUACCAAAGAGGCCAAUAAGCCGCAUCUGUCGCUGCUAGCGUAUUGUCAGAAAGUACUUAAGGACAAUAGGCUGUUGCCAUCAUGGCCCAAGCGCGGAUUUUCACUGCUGCAGGAUUUGAGGCAGGAUGCGUCUUCGAGGGGUCGCGAGACGUUUGCCUUUGGGGCUUCUUUUCUGGAUACUAUGACGACGACGCAGGCCAGAAACUUGUUAAGUAACGCCAUAAUCGAGUACUAUCUGUACUUGCAAUUGGUCAAGUCGUUCCGGGAUAUCAACGUGACCGGGUUCCGUAAAAUGGUCAAAAAGUUUGAUAAAACAUGUCACACAAGAGAGCUGACCACGUUCAUGUCGUACGCUAGGACCCACUACAUCCUUUUCAAGCAUGCGGAUGCCAACGUGCAGUUGGUUGCACAGCAGAUGCAACAAAUAACCAGCUCGCAACCGACACCCACUUCGGAGCUCUCCUCCGCCCAAAGAGACAAAGAGCCCAUCACUUGGUUGGAAACGCAGAUCACCGAGUGGUUUACCACCGCGUUGACUAAUUCACCCAAGGACAGGAAACACAACACCCAUAAGUUGAAGAAAUUGACCAUUCAGUACUCCAUCUCCGAACAAAUGGUCCAUAGAAACAAUAGAUCGAUUGUGCAGAUGCUUGUUGUCGGGCUGGGCAUUGGUGUGUCAAUGACUUUGAUCACUUACACUUUGUAUUUGGCUAUCAGCUCUGAGGAAACGUCAUUUACGCACAAGAUUUUGUUCCCACUGUGGGGUGGUUGGUAUAUGGUUUUGCUGAUCGCGUUCCUUUUUCUUGUUAAUUGUUUUAUCUGGCAUAGAACCGGGAUUAAUUAUAGAUUUAUUAUGCUGGGUGAGAUUCAAUCCAAGAAUGGUACGCAGUUCUUCAACAAUGAUUUUGCCACAAGUAAAAUUCCGCUCAAAUUGUAUUUCUUGACUUUCUUCAUAGUACCUUGUGCGGUCUGUUCCAUGUUAAGUUUCGCUUUGGAAAAACUUACACCCUUAGGAUUCUUAUACAUCGGUAUUGUGACUUUCCUGUUUCUAUGUCCCUCUGGUCUCAUCCCAUAUUGGGACAAAGUCGUGCACACUAGAAAAUGGUUGGUGGUCACUUUUAUCAGACUGGCGAUGUCUGGUUUUUUUCCCGUUGAGUUUGGUGAUUUCUUCUUGGGAGAUAUUAUUUGUUCGUUGACGUAUUCUAUUGCGGAUAUCGCUAUGUUCUUUUGUGUUUACUCUCAUACUCCCAAUAAUUUAUGUGGUUCUUCACAUUCCAGGGCAAUGGGUGCCUUAUCCUGCUUACCGAGCUAUUGGAGAUUCAUGCAAUGUUUACGAAGAUUUGCAGAUUCUGGUGAUUGGUUCCCUCAUCUUUUGAACGCCGCUAAAUAUACCUUGGGUAUAGCGUAUAAUGCCACACUUUGUGCUUACAGAUUGUCAGACCGUUCAGAACAAAGGAGAACCCCUUUUAUUGUGUGUGCCACAUUGAAUUCCCUCCUCACUUCUGCCUGGGAUUUAGUCAUGGAUUGGUCCGUUGCGCACAAUACCACUUCUUACAAUUGGUUGCUAAGGGAUGAUUUGUAUUUAGCUGGUAAGAAAAAUUGGGAAAACGGCAGUUAUUCAUUCAGCAGGAAGUUAGUUUAUUAUUUUGCUAUGAUUUGGGAUGUCCUCAUUAGAUUUGAGUGGAUUGUAUACGCGAUUGCUCCUCAAACAAUUCAGCAAAGUGCUGUGACGUCGUUUAUAUUGGCUACUUUGGAAGUGUUGAGAAGAUUCGUUUGGAUCAUCUUCAGAGUUGAAAAUGAACAUGUUGCUAAUGUUCACCUGUUCAGGGUUACUGGCGACGCACCCUUGCCCUACCCAAUUGCACAAGUUGGUGAUGAUUCUAUGGACAGCAGUGAUUUAGGUUCAAAGACCUUCUCAUCAUUGAACGAUAUACCUAUCACGCCUUCACAUGACAACAAUCCUCACAGCUUUGCUGAACCCAUGCCCGCCUACCGUGGAACGUUUAGAAGAAGGUCCUCCGUAUUUGAGAACAUUUCGAGGUCCAUUCCUUGGGCGCAUGCGACUGAUUUCCAGAGGCCAACUGUCAAUACUGUCGAUGAUAGAUCGCCUGAGACAGACAGUGAAAGUGAAGUGGAAAGUAUUAUGUGA